CCCUCUCCCUGUUACAGUACAUCCGGUGAGUGACGCGGACGCGGUCCAAUGGGCGGCCGAGGAAGCCAGCGAGCGCUCCCAGAGGGAACGUGGGGGCGGGGUCCCGAGGCAACUGGGUGACUUUGGAAGCGCCGCGGGAGGAGGAGGGGCGGGAGGCGUCCGAAGUCGAGGGUCGCGCUCGUUUGCUCUACUUCCCGGGGAGUAACGUCCCACUCAGUGAAGUGAAGUUGGCUCCUGCGUAAACUGAUUUUGGACUCCAUGCAGAAAGCGAAUUUUGGACUCCGUGCAAAAAGCGGCAAGGACUGUGCGAUGGGGGCUCCAACAGGCCGUUUGUUAGGAGAUGAGGCGGAUGCGUUUUGGACUGAAAAAUAUAAUCGAUUUGCCUGGGCAGAAUUCUCUGCUACCGUUUCGGAAUGUCGUAUGUCGAACAUGACUGAAAAACUGAAGGAUUGCUUGGGAGAAAUGGUAACUAUCAAGACGGAACCCUGUUCUCCAUGCCAGGAAGAAGAAUAUGGACAACUUGGUUCUCAGAAGGUUGACUCUCAGUCUGUGGAUGUGGAACCUAAAAAGCUAAAAGGAAAGCAGGAUUUGAUCAUGUCCAAAAGUUUUCAGCAAGUGGAUUUUUGGUUUUGUGAGUCGUGCCAGGAGUACUUUGUAGAUGAAUGUCCAAAUCAUGGCCCACCAAUGUUUGUGUCUGAUGCUCCAAUACCCAUUGGCAUCCCUGACCGAGCUGCGCUCACUAUCCCUCCUGGCAUGGAAGUGGUCAAAGAGCCAAAUGGGGAGAGGGAUGUGCGCUGUGUAAAUGAAGUUAUCCCCAAAGGUCGCAUCUUUGGACCAUAUGAAGGGAAGCUGUCCAGUCAGGACAAGUCGGCAGGAUUUUUCUCUUGGCUGAUUGUUGAUAAGAACAACCACUACAAAUCCAUAGAUGGAACAGAUGAGACUACAUCAAACUGGAUGAGGUAUGUCGCCAUAUCCCGAGAGGAGAGGGAGCAGAACCUAAUGGCCUUCCAGCACAGCGAGAGGAUUUACUUUCGGACUUGUCGGGAUAUCCGGCCAGGGGAAAGGCUGAGGGUCUGGUACAGUGAAGAUUACAUGAAGCGCCUGCACAGUAUGUCUCAGGAGACCAUCAACCGAAACCUCACAAGAGGGGACAGAAGAUUACUAAGAGAAAAGUCAGAAAGAACUAUAGAAAGCCAAGAAGAUGUGAUCUACCCCCUUGAGCUCACUACAUCAAAACCAGGGAAGAGCCCCUUCAAACGUAGCUUUGAAGAAGGGAUAUCUCAACCCCACACCAAGAAAAAGAAAAUAGACCUCAUCUUCAAAGAUGUUCUAGAGGCUUCUCUGGAAUCAACAAAGGUAGAAGAGCACAAAUUCACCAAAAAUUCUACUCCUUCCACUCGAAAAUCCUUGAGAUUCCAAGUUCAAGAUGUCUCAGAAACUUGUGGGACUAGUGUUCAACACAGUUCUCCUAAUCACAGUAGACACAGAAAUGAGGGUGAGUGGAAGGUCCCUCAUGGUUCUCCCUUCACCAUGUCCAAAGAAAUUGGCUUGCUGGAAGAGGAAGGUGAAGAACCCUUGACAUUUAAAGUGAACAGCCCCACUGAUCUGUCUCUGGUGUCAACUCAAGAUGAUGCCCUCGAAAUCCCAACAACUUCCUUGUGUCCCAACUGCAUACGGCUGAAAAAGAAGAUUCGGGAAUUGCAGGCUGAGCUAAAUCUGCUAAGAUCUGGCAAGUUAGCUGAGCCACCUCUACUACCUCCUCAGGUACCUGAGUAUCAAGCAUUUUCAUAUCCCACAGCUUCAGAAAGCAUCAUGUCUGUCCCUACCAUUAUGGAAGAUGAUGACCAGGAAGUGGAUUCAGCAGAUGAAUCUGUUUCGAAUGAGAUAAUAACAGCCACAGAUGAGCCCUCCAAGAUGUCUGCUGUCACCAGAAGGAUUCGACGCUUCAAGCAAGAAUGGCUAAAAAAGUUUUGGUUUCUGCGGUACUCCCCUACGCUAAAUGAAAUGUGGUGUCAUGUGUGUCGGCAAUAUACAGUACAAUCUUCUCGAACUUCAGCCUUCAUCAUUGGCUCAAAGCAAUUCAAGAUCCACACUAUAAAACUUCAUAGCCAGAGUAAUCUCCACAAGAAGUGCCUGCAGCUCUACCGGCUCAGGAUGCACCCAGAGAAGACAGAAGAGAUGUGUCGAAAUAUGACUUUGCUCUUCAAUACAGCCUAUCAUUUAGCUAUGGAAGGCCGGCCAUAUUGUGACUUCAGACCUCUUGCAGAACUACUGAGAAAGUGUGAACUCAAAGUGGUGGAUCAGUAUAUGAAUGAGGGAGACUGUCAAAUCUUAAUCCAUCAUAUUGCUAGAGCUCUUAGAGAAGAUCUCAUUGAACGGGUGAGGCAGUCUCCCUUCCUCAGCAUCAUUUUAGAUGGGCAAAGUGAUGAUUUACUUGCUGACACAGUUGCAGUUUAUGUACAGUACAUCAGCAGUGAUGGACCUCCAGCAACUGAAUUCCUUUCUCUCCAAGAACUGGGAUUUUCUACAACAGAUAGUUACGUUCAAGCAUUAGAUCGGGCCUUUUCAUCGCUGGGAAUAAGGCUGCAAGAUGAAAAGCCAAGUGUUGGUUUGGGAAUAGAUGGUGCUAACAUUACUGCCAGUCUAAGAGCUAACAUAUACAUGACAAUCAGGAAAACUCUGCCUUGGUUGCUCUGCUUACCUCUAAUGGUACACAAGCCACACUUGGAAAUAUUGGAUGCAAUUAGUGGAAAAGAACUGCCGUGCCUGGAGGAGCUAGAGAACAACCUGAAACAGUUACUCAGCUUUUACCGUUAUUCUCCCAGGCUGAUGUGUGAGCUAAGGGUCACUGCUGCUACUCUCUGUGAAGAGACUGAGUUCUUGGGAGAUAUUCGAGCAGUCAAAUGGAUCAUUGGGGAGCAAAAUGUCCUCAAUGCUCUCAUCAAGGAUUACCUGGAAGUAGUGGCCCAUCUGAAAGAUGUCAGUGGCCAAACACAAAGAGCAGAUGCUUCUGCUAUUGCCUUGGCUCUCUUGCAAUUUCUUAUGGACUACCAAUCCAUUAAGCUGAUAUAUUUUUUGCUUGAUGUAAUUGCAGUACUUUCACGACUUGCCUUCAUUUUUCAAGGUGAAUACCUCCUUAUAUCACAAGUGGAUGAUAAAAUAGAGGAGGCCAUCCAAGAGAUUAGCAGAUUGGCAGACUCUCCUGGGGAAUAUCUACAGGAAUUUGAGGAGAACUUCCGUGAAAGCUUUAAUGGCGUUGCUGUGAAAAACCUACGGGUGGCUGAAGCCAAAUUCCAGUCAAUUCGAGAAAAAAUAUGCCAGAAGACCCAAGUGAUUCUGGCUCAAAGGUUCGAACCUCGCAGUCGGGCAUUUGUGAAAGCAUGCCAAGUAUUUGACCUUGCAGCUUGGCCAAGAAGUGCAGAAGAGCUCAUGAGCUAUGGCAGGGAAGACAUGGUGCAAAUAUUUGAACAUCUGGAGGCAGUGCCAUCUUUUUGCACAGAAAUCAGUAGAGAAGGCAUAGACACCAGAGGGAGUUUGCUCAUGGAAUGGCGAGAACUCAAGGUGGAUUAUUAUACCAAAAAUGGCUUUAAAGAUUUAAUCAGUCAUAUUUGUAAAUAUAGACAGAGAUUUCCUCUUUUAAAUAAAAUAAUCCAGAUCCUCAAAGUCCUUCCCACUUCCACAGCAUGCUGCGAAAAGGGAAGAAAUGCUCUUCAGAGAGUGCGCAAAAACAAUCGUUCCCGACUUACUCUGGAACAACUCAGUGAUCUUUUGACAAUUGCUGUUAAUGGACCACCUAUUGCCAACUUUGAAGCCAAACGGGCACUAGAUAGUUGGUUUGAGGAGAAAUCUAGCAAUAGUUAUGCACUGUCUGCAGAAAUGUUAAGCAGGAUGUCGUCCCUGGAUCAGAAACCUGUGCUGCAGAGCAUGGACCAUGGAUCGGAAUUUUACCCUGAUAUUUAGCAAGGAAUGCCUCUUGUUUAGAGAGCUGAUGAUUUUUUUUUUAAUCAAUACUCUAAGCUUUGGUAUAUUACACACACGCACACACACACUCACUCAGAUACACAUGUAUGAUGUAAACUCACACUGAAAAUUUAAGCUGAUCUGAUGGAAGCUAAGAGGAAUACAGCAACAUUUAAUAUUUACUGACAUCUUCAACUGUGGCAGCUGCAAUGUAGGUGGCAACCUUUCAUUCUUCAGAAACAUGUACUGGGGCCAUAGUCUGCAUUUUCAACCUGAAUCAAUUUAUAAGCUAGACAUGGCAGGCCAAUGUCAUCCUACUUCUCUCUAUGCUUUUAUGUGUAUGUCUGUUUUUACCUGUCUGGUGUUUUCCUUUUGUUAGUCAGCUAUUGAGCCAUUUUAGCCCCUUGCUUAUCAUCCCUGGGAUUUCUGAGCCCUGUGCACACAUCUUGGAAUUCCUUUCUAGCUCCUCAAGGUCAUCUAGGUUAGAUUGGAUCCUUCUGAUAAUCUGGUUAACUUUCAUGCUACCGUCAAUUAGCCAGAAUAAUUUUUCUUAGCAUGACACAUCAGUGGGCAGUUCCGGUGUUAGGCAAAUGUCCUGUGAAAAUUCUACUAACAAGUCAUAUAUCUUACAAUAUUGAUAGCAUGUUCAUGUGAAAAUAGCAUAAUUCAGAUUAGGGGGAUGGGGGAAUGUUUUUGCAUUUAUAUUUUUAUAUAGUGGGGAUAAGAAAAUUAAUUAAAACUCUUUACUGAAAACCCAGGCUGCUGUGGAAGCUAGAUAGCCAAUGAGUCAAAUCCUAUAAGAGGAUAUAGACUCCAGGGCUUAAAAAUAUACAUAUGCUAAUUUUAUGUUAUUUAUACUUGGUCUUUAUAAUCAUAAAUUGAUUGUGUUUUCUGUUUGUUUGUUCGUUUGUUUUUAAUAAGUGAAAAACCUGCUGCCUUUCUGUGGCAGGUUAUAUCAAUGCAAAAUCCAUCUUUAGUUCUUAACAAAUCUCAAGGUCCUUUUACUGGUUCACAUAUCUUUCUUUUACUAACAUUUAAAGUUCCAUUGUGUGGCUAAAAGAAAAACAGAAUAUUGUGCAUAUAUCUGUGAACUUCUUUCAAAGAGUGCAUAGUCUAGCAGAUAUGUGGAAUAUGAGAUUUGAAGCUCAAAUAAGACAUGCAUUUGUGAAGAACUUUUUUUAGCUUAAUAAAUAAGGAUUGUUCAGGAUAAACAAACCUAAAUGAGCAGAGAGUCUCUACAAUGUUUGUGCCAUGCUCUUCUGGUAUAUCAUAAGGCAGUGUUGGGAGAUUUUGACUGUACUAGAUGAUCACAGGAAUAAAAAGAUAAUUUUGGCUGGAGGAACUACUAGGGUAGCAUGUUUCCAGAGGGACUAAACUCAUGCCAGUCUGCAUUUUUUUCUUUUUUCUUUUUAAAUACAGUAAUAAUGUCAGUUACACUGAACCUAUCCAUUUUCCUUCCCUCCAUCCCCAUUUUCUCUGUCUUCUUCCGGUUAGUCUUGGUGCUAAGAUUUCUCUGGAACCGUUGCUGCUAGAGGAUAGUUUUUCAUUUAUAUAACUAUAUAUUGUGUUAUUUUUAAACAAUAUGUUUUCAGUGAUAAUGUAGCAUGUGGUUAAAGCAGUCUCUCUCAGGACAUAUCUGCACCGGGAUCCUUUCCAGUGUCGUUUUUGUUUGUUCAAUUUUAAUUUGUCUUUUGUUACUCAUUGUUCCAGUAACCAUCUUGGCAUAGUUCUUAUAAGUAUGUGAUUAUUAUUUGCAAGACUUUAAGCUUUUUUUAAAAGAAUAAUGUUGACAUAGGGUAUAAAAGAAGGGGGCCUAAUGCCUUUGUGCCACCUCCUUGGAUUUGCAGAUCAGCUAGAGUUUUCAGGAAAACCUGGCCAGGCCAUCCUCUGACAGAAGAGGGAAAAACAUCUGAGGGCUUUAUAAUAAAUGCACAACUGCUAUAAGAAUACUUAAAAAAAAAAAAAAAGGAGACAAAGGAG